GAGCGGACAGUGUCGGACACAUGGCCCCGACUCAGCAAGUUCGUCCUGUCCGCCUGUGCCGCCAGCGUGGCCGAGCUAGUGACCUUUCCUCUGGAUCUGACCAAAACCCGCCUACAGAUCCAAGGAGAAGCGGCCCUGAAGCAGCAUGGAGAGUCAGGCCUGGCGAUGCCCUAUAGAGGAAUGGUCCGCACUGCAGCUGGCAUAGUGCAGGAGGAAGGCUUACUGAAACUCUGGCAGGGGGCUACACCUGCUGUCUAUCGCCACAUAGUGUACUCCGGAGUUCGCAUGGUGGCCUAUGAGCAAAUUCGAGACUCCCCACUUGGAAAAGGAGACAAUGAAACUUUUCCUCUCUGGAAGGCUGUUGUGGGAGGAAUGAUGUCUGGAGCGAUUGGUCAGUUUUUCGCUAGUCCUACAGACCUGGUGAAAGUACAGAUGCAGAUGGAAGGAAAGAGAAGGCUUGAAGGAAAACCUCCCCGAGUUCGAGGUGUUUAUCAUGCUUUUGUGACCAUUGUGUCCAAAGGUGGAUUUCGUGGCUUGUGGGCAGGCUGGGUGCCGAAUGUCCAGAGAGCUGCCCUGGUAAAUAUGGGAGAUCUAACUACAUACGACACUGUGAAACACUUUCUACUAAGAAACACAAACCUCAAGGACAACAGCAUAUGUCACAGUAUUUCCAGUAUUUGUUCAGGUUUGGUGGCUGCAACGUUGGGAACCCCGGCUGAUGUUAUCAAGACCCGAAUAAUGAACCAGCCUAGAGACAAACAUGGCCGGGGAAUCCUGUACAAGUCUUCCACUGAUUGUUUCAUCCAAGCUGUACGUGGAGAGGGAUUCCUGUCCCUCUACAAAGGUUUUAUUCCCACUUGGAUGAGAAUGGCUCCCUGGUCGCUGGUCUUCUGGCUGACUUAUGAGCAGAUAAGACGUAUUGUAGGGGUUAGCUCAUUUUGA